AGGGUAUCUGCUUCAGAAACACAAAUGCCAGAGAUUCGAGAGUCCCACGACCAGCAAGCUCAGAAUCUCAGCUCGAAAGCUGCCAUGGCCAGACGUUGGCGACGAGCCGGAGCUCCCGAGGGUGCGGCCCCCCCCGCCCCCGCCCCCGCCCCCGCCCGCGCCGCCUCGACUUGGGCCGAGGGAGCGGCACAUGCAGCACGCGCUGGGGUUGCCAUGUGCACCGUGGGCGCCGGGGACUCCUACCUCAUCCCGGACUUCCUGAGCCCGGCUGAGGCAGAUGCAGCUCUGAUGGCUCUCACGCCAUUGAAGAUGGGAGGAUUGGCCGAGGUCGCCUGGAUGCAGAUGUUUGGUGCGAACAAACGCCCUUUCGGGCGCCUGAAAUUCACCCAGGCUACGGUUGAGCGGGACCUGGAGCCAAUCUAUCGCUACCCAACCAACAACCAGUCUGCAUGCCUGACGCAUUCAUGGACUCCCACAGUGAAGUCUUUGAAGGACAAGGUUGAGGCUUGCAUUGGCCAGGGUCUUAACCACUGUGUCGGCAAUCUCUACCAGGAUGAGAAGGAUUUCAUUGGGCCGCACACAGACAAGAUGCUGGAUAUUUUGCAGGGAUCCUGCAUCGUGUCUUUGAGCCUUGGGGCGGAGCGUCCCAUUCUGCUGGAGCGGAAGCGGGACAAGGAGCAGCAGAAGGUGAGUUUGCCGCACGGCUCCUUGUUUGUUCUUGGCCCGGAGACGAACCGCCACUGGAGCCACAGCAUCCCGGCACAGGGCGCCAAGCUGGGCCACCGGAUUUCCUUGACCAUCCGCAAGAUGGGCACCUUUCUGCAGCUGAGGACGCGGCAGCUGGUGGGCCAAGGGGCAGACAAGCCGACUCUGAACUGGCCAGAGUGGGAGCACGACGAGAGCAUUGUGCCGGAGGUGGCGCAUCCGCAGGCCAAGCAGCCGCUGGCCGAGCUGCGGGCGUCCACGCGUUUUAAGGGCAGCAGUUUCGAAUGCGUGGUGCGGCCCUGCUCAGAUCACGCUGAGGUGCAGGCCUGCUGGCGCGAGUUCAAGCUCCAGUACCGCGAGGCUUGUCACAUCCCCUACGCCUUUGUCUUAACGAUGCGCGGCAGGCGCGUGACCGGCUCCGAGGCAGACGGGGAGCCGGUCGGCAAGGCAGACACAGCUGCCGAGGGCUUGCUGGAGCCGCUGCUGGCCGCUGGCCUCACCGACUGUGCCUGCUUCGUAGUGCGGCACUGGGAUGGCGAGCGCCUGGGUUUGGCCAACCUCAUCCGCGCCUAUGCAGAGGCCGUGCAAGCCGCGGUUGCAUUUGCGCCGGCAUGCACUUCCACCCGCGCCGUUGCCCUUACGACACCCGCAGAGGAAGUCUUGGAGACAGGAGCCGAGGACGUGGAUCGGCAGGUGCGGAAGCUGAAGAAGGCGCUGCGGGAGAUCUCAGCCUUGGAGCAGCUGCAGAAAGAGGGCACCCCACUGCAGCAGAACCAAAUCUGGAAGAUCCAGAAGCGCCAAGAGUAUGUGUCGCAGUUGGCCGUGUUGGAGAAGUGAGAACCCGACAGCGGCCUGUGAAGGCGGAUUACUUGCUUGCCUUGCUUUGGCGCGUAGCGCAGGCAGUUGCAAAAUCUACACCAGAUGCGAUGUAGGCUGGGCUGGGCGGCCUUGCUUGACCAGCCCGCAGAUUGUACAGGAAGCAUUUGCUACUUUGUGUACAGUGGAGCCAGCCGCAUUUGGUGAAAAUGAUGUCCAGAAGAAUGCACGCCCCCUGCUGAUGUGAUGCUGAAGCUGCUUGCGAUGCAAAGCGCGAUAGCUUUGACUUCCACGAGCACAC